UGUUUCGGAUGUCACCGACGAUGGUCGACUCGCGGAAGCCAGAAUCGGGCUUGAGUGCUAGCUUCCAGGAGCUGCUGGAAGCGAUCGAAAAGGUGCAACCAUCCGACCGGGCACUGUACGAUGUGUUUGGUCCGGUAAGAGCACGACUCUGGCGUAAAUGGUGCCUGCGCAGGCUGUCCGUUGCAGUGUGCUUGAUGGCCAUAUGUUUGGCCGUGUACUACGUCCCGAGUGUAAAUUGGCAUGUGACGGCUAUCGGGCGGCUGUUAAUGAUAGAAAUGCUACCGUACUGGGACUGGACACCGCUGUACCGUGGCAAGUGUUUGAUAGCGAAGGCGAAAGAUGGUGCGGGGUCGAAAAAGUUUGAACCACCCAUUUCAUUUCCGGACGAUUGUGUUGUUUGCCGUAACUUUGGAACCGUGCCGGUGCGUGCGAAUGUUAGCUACGAAACUUUAUACCGCCAUCAUCUGAUGCGUAACGUACCGAUCGUUGUGGCCGACGUGUAUCCACCAUGGAACGAGCACAAGCUCUAUGGAGCGGAUUGGGACGGGUUCCUGCUCGAUUUGGAAGAGUUAUUGCUGGGGGAUCCUUGCGAUUUCCGUACGAAUUUACUGUUUAAACCCAGCUUUGCGAAAACGUCUGCCAUCGCGCGGAUGGUAGAUCUACUAGCGGAAGAUACGGCCACAGCAGCGAAGGAUCAUGGAUGGUUCGUGCAGCUGCGAAACUGUGCCCUAAGAACCGUGAAGAAAACGCGAACCAUGUUCGGGAAACCGUACUUCUACGCCACCCAUUGGGAACCACCGUACACGAACUGGAUUUUGUUAUCGCGCGGGCUCGAAGGCACCUCCGCCAUAACACCAAACAUGGCCGGACUAGUGAUAGUGCAUCAGAUGCGAUCGCACCUAAACGUCACGCUUCGACCACGUGUGGAGUGUGCCAGUAGCUGCCAGGUGCUUUCCGUAACGUUGCACGAACAACAGUCGCUCCUCUUUUCGACGACCCUGUGGACCUUCAGCUACGUACCUUCGGAUGGCAAUGGAACUUCGCUCACGUUCGUGACGGAAACGUACGAAAAUGUGUGAUGAGCAUGCAAAUAUGAGUCCCCGAAUAAAACAGUACGCAAAGUCGGCGCCGGCUUCGAUUCAGUAAUGUUUAGUUGAUUUAUUCACAUCAUUGGUUCCCAGUGUAGUUUUUAUCAGCUAUAUUGUUUCAUAUAAUAACAUUUUGUAUCUUCUUAACAAUCAUUUGCAAUCGUGCCGGUUUGCGUCGUCAAAACCGUCGCCGCCACCGGUUCUCGCUCUGUUCUGAGGUGUUCCGAGUAAGCAGAUGGUAAUGUGAAGAUGUCAAGCCGUUUUACACUCUAAAGCGCAGCGGGUUUAGUUUUAGUUGGUUGGUUUGGUUUUGAUGUGUAAAAGUAAGUUCUGGCCCAUUUUUGUUUGCGUGAGAGAGCCGCGCGCGGAUCUAGGAGGGGGGGGGGGGGGGACGGGCACGCCACAUAGAAGAUGGGUCGAGAUAAUACUGAGGUGAAGCUUUAGAGCUCACAGUGACACUAUAAAGCCCCGGUACGAAUGUGAAUGUUGCUCUGAGGGCCAGCCAAGCGGAUGCGAGUGCUAAUACUCCGCUGGAUGUAAAGGAAGCAUUUGAAGAAGCGCUUUUGCAUGUAACGUUUAACCUAGUGGCCAUAUUUCUUGACGUCGCAGAACUGCUAUCUGCUGCGAGCUUUUCGUUCGUUUUGUUUCUUGAUCUUUCCCAAUACGAUACAAUUCUUCAGCAACGGUAACAUACGAUUGCGGUUAAGUUAAGCUAGUUUUUCCUCUGUCGGCGCGUCACAACACUUCUGCCUUCUGCUCUGGAGAGAAAACGAGAGUCGCUUUUACGGUAAGCUAAGGCGGUACGUAAGAGGUCCUUAUCGUGUGGUACGGGUUAGAAAGCAUAGAAAGCGUGUCUGUUUCAAGACGAUAAUACGAUUCGAUUCGAGCUGAGUAGUAGGACAAAAAAGUGGACGAGAUUUGAUUAAAUUCGUUGAGAUAGGCUACGAAAAGAAUCAGUUUGUUAGUUUUGAAGUUACUAGGAUACAAGCUAAGAGUCAAAUAGCUCAAUAUUAGUCAAAUUUAAGUCACAAAAGCUAGAAUUCAAUGUCCGAUCGGCUACCCUCCGGGGAAAGCAUUUAAUCUCCGAUCUGGGAAAGGACCGAUCACCCUGAAGGUGAUCCACAAACACUACACCACGGUACAGUAGCGGCCUAGAGCCUAGAGGAUCGUUCUUGAGGAACCUUCAGAUCGCGACCAGCUGCAUCAGCGCUUACGUGCCAAGUGUAUGGGGAUGAUCACGUGUAGAUGUCAUGUUCGAUUCUGUGUUGAGUGGUGUGGUGGUCGUAUGCCUAUGCGUGUACGUGUUGUGUGUGUUGUGUUUAUCGGGGCCGCCAUCGUCCGCCAUUUCUAUGCCAAUCUGCAAUCGUUCGGUCCUAAAACACGGGGGGAGGUUUGAAAAUGGACUGUAAACAGUAUGUAAAAUAGUGAGCGAUUGUCAUUGUAGUUUGUUGCUUGAUGAGUGGUUGUACAAGUGUUUGUGUGUGUGUAUGUUUAUGUUUUUACAAUUUUAAAUCUAAUAAUGUAGCAAAAAAAUGGGAAUGAAAUUUACUAAACAAAUGAGAAACUAGCAGCAUUCCCGACGGUAUUAGCUUACAGGAAAGCUUGCGGACAAGCCGGCUCGCAUCAAUCAGUCCUGACGUGAUCUGCGUGACUACUGGGCAAUAAAGGGCGGGAGUGCGCAAAGACGAGCAGGGGCACCGGGGAAACGGGGGAAAUCAAACAGGAGCCAUUCGGAAGCGAAACGUCAGCGAAAUUGGUAGUAGUAGUAGUAGCUAUUAGUACUAAUGCUAUUAGAUAUGUACUUACGAUUUGUGACAAAGGUAUGCUUGUUCGGGUUAUUGGAUACUAUGCGAAGCGCGUUCUUAGAUGUAAGAGAUCGUAGAAGUAGUAUAGUGGUAGUAGAAAGGGUAGAACACGGGAAGCUGUACUUCAACCGUAUAAUAGAUGCAGUAGCGUUUACACCGCGUAGUUCAAACCGGAUUAGCAACGAAGCGAAAUGAGUUCUACUUUCUUUCGAUUGCAACGAAACCUUGUAAUUGGCGAGUCAACCGACUUUGACCGUUCCGGUAACCGCGAAAAUUCUGUCUAAGUGACUAUGUUUUUAUGUGCGUACCUGUGUGUGUGAGCUAGUGUUCUUUUGAGUGUAUAGAUGGCGUUAGAGUGAUCUUUUUCCCUACGAGAGUUAAGUCUGUGCCGUGUUGUAGUUGACUGUGUAGCAUCAGAAAGGACCUUGGUGACAGUGAGCCUAGUGUUUGUGGAAUGGUUUUGAUCUGUAGCACAAGUAGUAGUAGUAGGUAGUAGUAGUAGGUAGUAGUAGCACAAGCAAGAGCGCCUCACUUGCCCUAUGUGCGUUUCACUUGCGUUUUAUCAUGUGUUCUCUUUUAUUUCGUAAUUUUUCCAGAUUUUUUUUUUCAUUUUCACGAAAACAAUAACUAUACUUGUUCUGUCGUCCUGUCGUCCACGUGCUACUAUGCUCGAAACACCUAUUGUACGGUAGUAUUUGUAUUUUUUCUGUUUUUCUGCUGUAUAUGUUUUUCUUGUUGUAUGUUUUAUACGGCGUACUCGCACAGAAUGGAACCGUCGAAGUUGCAUUUUCUUUUAUGUGUUUUGCGUGUUUCAAAGAAUCACAAGCCUGUUGCUUAUUUUUUCACUGUUUUAUUUGUUCUUUUCCAUUUUUGAAUCCUAGCCGUUCCGGUAUUUUUUCCGUACUUCCAAUUAUCCAUUAUACUGUGCGAACAAAACUGGGCAAUAGGCAACGUACGUAUCCCCGAAAGUAUGCAAAAUAGUGCUAAAUAGCCGACUGCUUUGUUUUGUUUGUGUGUGUGUGUGCUGAAUUUGAUUGCUGGGCAAAUGGUAGAGUAGAAGCAAUAGAAGAGUUAGUUUGUGGUGUAUGGGUGUUAGCGUUAGCAAUCUGUCCUAACCUUCCUUAUCUUCCAACACAUGCUCACUGUUACUUAUUUGGCUCUUAUUGAUCAGCGUCGCCAUUUUCGUGUUAAUGAGUUAAGUUUUUUGUUUGUUUGUUUUUUGUUUCUUCAAUAAUUUAUUAGUUUGUAAAUAUGUUCAAUUUAAUUAUGGUGGGUAAACAUUUUUGUUGUGGUCGUUUUGUGUUCUGCCUUUUUAGUCGCUGCCAC